AUGCGUCCCGUGCCAGCCUCCGCAGGCUCAGCCCUACGGAACUGGACCCGACACACCCUCCCCAGCACCAGCUCACCCGCCUCUCAAUCGCCCCGUGUCGCCAGCAUCACAGCUUCCAACGCCUCCCAGAGAAGAACAGCAGCCUCAGGCGCCGAAGCGCCAGGCGCAAGCAGCUUCGACAGCCCCUUUGGCAGGUCGAAGGAGCAGCACUACGACACACGCAAGAUUCCCAGCUUCAAGGGCUAUGCGUCCAGCAGCCCAGAGAUCUCGAACCGCGUGUUCCAGUACUUCAUGGCCGGGAGUAUGGGGCUGUUGGCGGCCGCGGGCGCAAAGAACACCGUGCAAGACUUUCUAGAAAACAUGUCCGCCUCAGCCGAUGUCCUCGCCCAAGCCAAAGUCGAGAUCGACCUCGCCGCCAUCCCCGAGGGCAAGAACGUCAUCAUCAAGUGGCGUGGAAAACCCGUCUUCAUCCGCCACCGUACCGAUGACGAGAUCAAGGAGGCUGAAUCUAUCGACCUAUCCGUCCUACGUGACCCCGAAAAGGACUCCGACCGCGUCAAGAAGCCCGAAUGGCUGGUCAUGCUGGGCGUGUGCACGCAUCUCGGGUGUGUGCCCAUUGGCGAGGCCGGUGAUUUUGGAGGCUGGUUCUGCCCGUGCCAUGGCUCGCAUUACGAUAUCUCCGGGCGGGUGAGGAAGGGGCCCGCGCCCUUGAAUCUGGAGGUCCCGGAAUAUGAUUUCCCAGAGGACGACAAGUUGGUGAUCGGGUAG